GACAUAUUUUCACAAGGUCAUGUAAGGCCAAGGUGCACAGAGAACGUUUAAUUUGCCAGCUACGUGUUGUCGCGUCAUCACGCUCGGAUUGAUGCCAAUUUGUGCGGAAAGCCACGUUUACGAUUUCGAUUGAAGUGUGCUCCAUAACUUUGUUGAGGAAAAUAAGGACGAGCUAGCUGACCUGCUAAAACAUAUUAGUAUAACAUUAAACACAGCAGACAUGUCCUCACCGCCUAAAGAAAAAAUUGAAACAAAAGCUGGACAUCUCCCUGCUGUGAAGGCAGGUGGUAUGAGAAUAGUCCGGAAACAUCAGGGUUCAGGUGACCUGGCUCAUGAUAAGGACAAGGACAAGGACAAGGACAGUGAGGAGUAUGAGAGCAGCAGCCCACCGAAGCCAACUGUCAUCGUUUCCGGAGUAGUCACAAAGGGCGAUAAGGACUUCACGCCCGCGGCGGCCCAGGUGGCUCACCAGAAACCCCAGCCUUCCGUGGAGAAGCUGCACCAGGGCUCCCACAUCAACCAGCACAUCCACCAGCCCCGCAAGUGAGCACGCCCACCCCGCAGCUCCGCCCACUCUGUCGCCACGGCGCACGAGCAAAGCCCACACCAAUCACCCACCAAGCACUCAGAGUUACCAGGGAGACCGUCACAGGAUGCGGACCAGGGAGACCCCGCCCAGCACACCACCACACCAGGAAGUGCGAGCUCGCCCUGAGAUCUCGUUUGAAGAACAGAUUGCCUUCCCUGUUUCCUUUGUUCCUUUGUGCUCUCGAUUGCGAUGAUGAACUUAUUCAGGUUUAAAUAAAAAUACAGAGAGGAAAUCUUCCAAAGGAAAAUUAUGGGAUUUAUGAAAUGAAGGGGUUUUAUUUUGUUAUUUUCAAAAAAUUAUUUCUGAACGGGUGUAAAUUGUACAAAUCGUGUAGUUUGAAAUAUUUUAAUAGGCAUUAGAUGUGUGGCUGUCUUUUCUGUGGUGUCAGAAUAAACUAUUAACUGAAAAUGAA